CGCCUGAGCUCUCCGCCAUCUAUCUCGGAGCAUACAGGACGCAAGCCGGCCGCGCGCGUCGUCUCCGGAUCCGGUUGCUUCUUCUUCCAGUCAUACGAUCAAAUCUGGAUCACCCCUGCGAAACGAGAAGAGGUUGUUUCUUCUUCCGGUCAUACUACGACCAAAUCUGCAUCAUCUUGCGAGCGGAGAGUGGAGACCUUGUGGCGUGCUGCGGAUCGGCCAUUUUCGUGCUCAUCUUAAACGGCUCUUCGAGGUUUGCAGAGCAAGCCGCUGGUAACAAAGAUAUUACAGGACAUAGUUAUGGAACUAGAGGAUGUACCAUUUCAAUUCUUACGAGAAAUUACAGAAGGUUUCUCUGAGAAACAGAUGCUUGGUGAAGGAGCAUUUGGUUGUUUACAAGGGAGUAACUAAAAACGGUGAUGAAGUUGCUGUGAAAAAACUGAAGCUUCGUGACGUCAACCUGGACUUUAAGCAGUUCCAAAAUGAGUUCUAUAACCUCACAAAACUUAAGCAUCAAAACGUUGUACAGAUUCUUGGCUAUUGCUAUGAAAUAGAGAAAAACCCUUUUAUCAUGCCCGAUGGAAGUAAGGUGUUUGUUGAUGAAACACAUAUAGCUCUCUGCUUCGAAUAUUUGCACAAUGGGAGCCUCGAAAAGCAUCUUUCCGAUGAUUUUUAUGAAUUUGACUGGCACACGCGGUUCAAAAUAAUUAAGGGAAUUUGUGAGGGUCUAAAGUAUAUUCAUGAUGAGUUGGAAGAACCUAUCUACCACUUGGACCUAAAACCUGACAACAUAUUGCUAGAUAAGGACAUGGUGCCUAAGAUUGCAGAUUUUGGUUUGUCCAGAAUCUUUGGUAAUGAACUGGCACGGAUCACACGAAAUCCUUAUGGGACAUGUGGGUACCAGCCACCGGAAUACAUCGACAAAGGUGAAAUCUCAGGAAAGUUUGACAUAUUCAGCUUGGGUGUCAUCAUUAUAAAGAUAGUGUCAGGACCUAAGGGCUACCCCAAUUGUCUUGAUCAAGUCAAAAGAGACUGGAGGACUAGGUUGCAGGCAACAUCUACAGAUGAUUUGUUUGAAGCAUAUUGCCACCAAGUAGACAUAUGCUUUCAGAUAGCAUUGAGCUGUGUGGAGAUAGAUAGCUUUAGAAGGCCUGACAUAGUGACAAUCACUGAGAAGCUGAAUGGGAUUGAAAUUGAUGUUGGCGAGGCACAAUCAUGUGUUCGGCUCACUUAGCUAUGUCUUUCAAGCAUAUUAGGAAUUGAUUCUCAACAAUGUUGAUCCCUCCAUGAUUGAUGAGCCAAAGAACAUAAAUCAGGGAUAAAUCAGGUUUUGAAUCCUCUAAAACUGAUAUUGAUUAUGUUAAAUCAUAUUAUUCAUAGGAAGAAAUCUUAACUCUGUUAUAGUUUAUAUUAUCUUUUGUUUGCAAUCGACAUCAAUAUUGUCAUAUUUUCAUGUAGAAACUGGAUAAUCGGCAUAUGGGACAACAACACUUGAUUAGUUUCUUUUAGGUGCUAAAUAAUUUGGUAAUAAAUUACAAUUACAUGGCAAAUUUAUUGUGUAACAUUGGUCCAAUAUUACAUUGUGUGUUGAGAAAUAGAAAAAUUAAAUUUUUUGCGCUAUUUAAACACUAUUUCCUCUAAUCCAUCAUAUUUUCCAUUUUCUGAUUCAUCAUCAUAAAACUUUGACCUCCAAUAUAUAAAUAAUGACUAAGGUCAAGAAUGCAAUACUAUUAAUACAGAUAUUACCUGAAAUGCCAUGAAAAUUUUAUUUCCAAUUAUUGUUUGAAUUACAGAUUUCAAAGAAAUUGUUUGUCCUAAUGUUGACCAUGGAAAAUUGUUUUUGUGACUUUACUUGAAUUGUCUAGUUUGUUAACAAAACCAACUGGAAUCUUGUAGCUUCCUGAGAAAGGAUGUCACAGAACUGUUUCCAGAAUGACAAUGCAUAAUAGCAAUAUAGGGAUGAGAACAGAACCAACGGAUAUCACUGAUCAACACCAGAAUAUUAUUU